CUGGGACGCGCAGGAGUGGAAAAUGGGGGAGACAAGCCCCAGGAAGCGGAGAGAGGAUGGGAAGUCGGUCCAGAGUAGCGAGCCCAAGACCACAAGCCUCCAGAAGGAGGUGGGGCUGGUCAGCGGCAUCUCCAUCAUCGUGGGCACCAUCAUCGGCUCCGGCAUCUUCAUCUCCCCGAAGUCCGUGCUCAGCAACACGGAGGCCGUGGGGCCCUGUCUCAUCAUCUGGGCUGUCUGUGGGGUGCUCGCGACACUGGGCGCUCUGUGCUUCGCAGAGCUCGGCACGACCAUCACCAAGUCGGGCGGCGAGUACCCGUACCUCAUGGAGGCCUACGGCCCCGUCCCCGCCUACCUCUUCUCCUGGGCCAGCCUGAUGGUCACGAAGCCCUCGUCCUUUGCCAUCAUCUGCCUCACCUUUUCCGAGUACGUCGCUGUGCCCUUCUACUCGGGGUGCAAGCCGCCUGCAGUGGUCAUUAAGUGCCUGGCUGCUGCCGCCAUCUUGCUCAUCGUGGUAGUGAACUCGCUGAGCGUGCGGCUGGGCAGCUACGUGCAGAACUUCUUCACCGCGGCCAAGCUGGUGAUCGUGGCCAUCAUCGUCAUCAGUGGAUUCGUCCUCCUGGCCCAAGGAAAUACAAAGAAUUUUGAAAAUUCUUUCGAGGGGGCGGACGUGUCCGUGGGAGCCAUCAGUCUGGCGUUUUACAACGGACUCUGGGCCUACGACGGAUGGAACCAACUCAAUUACAUCACAGAAGAACUCAGAAACCCUUACAGAAACCUGCCCCUGGCGAUUGUCAUCGGGAUCCCCCUGGUGACAGUGUGCUACAUCCUCAUGAACGUGUCCUACUUCACUGUGAUGACGCCCACCGAGCUCCUGCAGUCCCAGGCCGUGGCCGUGACGUUUGGGGACCGUGUUCUGUACCCAGCCUCCUGGGUCGUCCCGCUGUUCGUGGCCUUUUCAACCCUCGGCGCUGCCAACGGGAGCUGCUUCACGGCCGGCAGACUCAUUUACGUCGCAGGCCGGGAAGGCCACAUGCUCAAAGUGCUCUCUUACGUUAGCGUCAAGCGCCUGACUCCAGCCCCCGCCAUCAUCUUUCACGGCAUCGUAGCGAUCAUUUAUAUCAUCCCUGGUGACAUAAACUCACUAGUCAAUUAUUUCAGUUUUGCUUCGUGGCUAUUUUACGGCCUGACGAUUCUAGGACUCAUCGUGAUGCGGUUUACCAGGAAAGAACUGGAGAGGCCCAUCCGGGUGCCUAUCGCCAUCCCCGUCGUGGUGACUCUCAUCUCCCUGUUCCUGGUUCUGGCCCCGAUCAUCAGUGCACCCGCCUGGGAGUAUCUCUACUGCGCCUUAUUCAUGUUGGGCGGCCUUCUCUUCUACUUCCUGUUUGUCUACUACAAGUUUGGAUGGGCUCAGAGAAUCUCAAGGCCUGUCACCAUGCACCUGCAGAUGCUGAUGGAAGCCGUCCCCCCAGAGGAAGAUCCUCAGUGACGAGUUCUGCCUCUUACAGCCAAGCCGGGGCUGUGCCGAAUUUAUUUUUAUAAGCAAUA